CCCCCGUGCCCCUUGGACCCUCCCCGGAGCCUCACAGCCAGCCACGACACCCCACAGAGCACUCCCGGACAUGGACAGUCCCCAGUGUCCCACGGACACCCUCUGGUGCCCUGCAGACCUUCAGGCUUUGCCCUGUGGCCCCUGCCCAAUGCCCCAGGGACCCUCCAGGUGCCCCACACACCAGUCCCUGCUCAAAUCCCCCGUGGACAGUCCCCAGUGGCCCACGGGCACCCGUGAUGCCCCAUGGACCAUCCCAUGUGACAUCACGGACACGCUCCAAUGGCCCGUGGACCCUCUGCAGUGCUCCCUCCCUGACGGACCCUCCAGGUGUCCCUGUGGACCCUUCUCAAUUCCCGUGGGGUCCCCCUCACGGAGCCCCGCGGUGCCCACACCACCCUCCCUCCAAUGCCCCGUGGGCAGUCCCCGUUACCCCACGGACACCGCCCGGUGCCCGCGGAUCCUCCUCGAACCGCGAUGUCCCCGGGCGAGUCCCGGGUACCCGUGACCCCUCGCCGUUCCCAGUCCGCAGCUCCCGGUGCCCGCCGUGGGCGGCCCGUCCCGCCGCGCCCCGCCCCGUCCCGUCCGCGGCCGUGGGUGAGUCACGGCGGGCGGGGGCUGCCGGCGGCGCGGCGAGCGGGGGCACGGCGGGACCUCCGAGCCAUGGCCCCGCCGCCGCUGCUGCCGCUGCUGCCGCUGCUGCUGCUGCUGCUGCCGGUACCGGUGCCGGCCCGCGGCUCCACGGCCGGGCCGGAGGAGAAGCUGCCGCACGUCGAGAGGUACGAGACGGUGCUGCCGCGGGAGCUGCCGGUGCCCCGGGGGAAGAGGGACCUCUCUGCGCCUCCGAGCACCUACCCGAGCCACGUCCUCUACGGCAUCCGUGCCGAAGGCAGGGAGUACCUCCUGUGGCUGGAGAAGAACAGGGCGCUGCUGGGGCAGCACUACACCGAGACUCACUACUCGGCCGACGGCUCAGAGAUCACAGAGCAGCCGGACACCCAGGAUCACUGCUUCUACCAGGGCCACGUACGGGGACAGCCCGACUCGGCAGCGAGCAUCAGCACCUGCGGCGGGCUCAGUGGCUUUUUCCGGGUGAAUGAGACCACCUUCCUGCUGGAGCCGCUGGAGGGGGCGGCGGCCGGGCGGCACGCAGUGUACCGAGCAGCUCACCUGCGGGGGAAACGGGGCACCUGCCGGGAGCCCGGGGCCACCCUGCAGUACGACCGAGAGCCCAAAACCCCCGCAGCCAUGAAGCUCUACCGCUGGAAAUCAGGGCCAGUACAAAAAGGCCCCCGGUACGUGGAGCUGGUCCUGGUCGCGGACAACCAGGAGUUCAGGAAGCACAAGGACCUCCGCACCGUGCAGAACCGCAUGAAGGAAAUCGUGAACCACGUGGACAAGCUCUACCAGCCCCUUCGCCUGCGGGUGGCCCUGAUUGGCCUGGAGGUGUGGAACCACAGGGACAAAAUCACGGUCAGCCCCAACCCCGAGGUGACGCUGGACAACUUCCUGCACUGGCGGGAGUCGGAGCUGCUGCGGAAGAAGCCCCACGACAACGCCCAGCUGAUCACGGGCGUCGACUUCCACGGCAACACCGUGGGGCUGGCCAAGAAGCUGGUGAUGUGCACCAGGGACUCGGGCGGCGUCAACCAGGAUCACAGCACCAACCCCAUCGGCGCCGCGUCCACCAUGGCCCACGAGAUGGGGCACAACCUGGGCAUGUCCCACGACGAAGACGUGGCCGGCUGCCGCUGCCCUGUGCCCAAAGCUGACGGGGGCUGUGUCAUGGCAGGGAGCGUCGGGCUGGUUUACCCCAAGCUCUUCAGCCGGUGCAGCGAGCAGGACAUGUGGCAGUUCCUGGGGGACCCCCGGACCAGCUGCCUGCUGAACGCGCCGCGGGCGGACGAGCUGUACGGGGGGCCCGUGUGCGGGAACCAGUUUGUGGAGCGGGGAGAGCAGUGCGACUGCGGCACGCCCCAGGAGUGCUCAGACCGCUGCUGCAAUGCCACCACGUGCCAGCUGAGAGAGGGAGCCGAGUGUGCCCGAGGGGAAUGCUGCCAGGACUGCAAGGUGAAGGCUGCAGGUGCGCUCUGCCGGGCCAGCAAGAACGACUGCGACCUCGCCGAGCACUGCAGCGGCCUCAGCGCCGAGUGCCCCGAGGAUGUGUUCCAGGAGAACGGCAUCUCCUGCCAGCACGGCAGCGGCUACUGCUACAACGGGGCCUGCCCUUCGCACGGCGAGCAGUGCCGGGCGCUCUGGGGCGCAGAGGCGCAGGUGGCUCCCGACAUCUGCUUCAAGCACAACAGCGAGCAGCACGUCCACCUGCACUGCCUCACCGAGUACGGCAAGCAGCCCUGCAGCCCCAAAGAUGUCAAGUGCGGCACGCUGCUGUGCCUGAGCGACAACACCCAGCCCAUCCUCGGCACCGGCUACUUCUCCGUCGGCUACUACUUCGGCCGCUUCAAGUGCAAGGCGGUGAUCGCGGGCAGCGACGCCGGCGAGGCGGCCGAGCUGCGGCUGGUGCCCACCGGCGCCAAGUGCGGCGAGGAGAUGGUCUGCUACGCCGGGCGCUGCCAGAACCUCCUGGUCUACGGCGACAAGAACUGCUCGGCCAAGUGCAACAACCACGGGGUGUGCAACCACCGGCGGGAGUGCCACUGCGACCCCGGCUGGGCAGCGCCCUACUGCGAGCAGGAGAUUUCCGGGAUAGCCGCAGGGAGCGGCAGCGCGGUGCUGGCGGCCGGGCUGGCCGUGCUGGCGCUGGCCGCCGUCGGGCUGGGCAGCGGCGCGGUGCUCCUGAGAGCCAGGGCGGCGCGGCGCUCGCACAAAGGGAGCUCCAGCGGGACUCACUCCGGCCUCGCCAACCCGCUGUUCCAGGAGGGCGGCCGGGCGCGGGCGGGCCGCCGCCAGCUGUCCCUCGGGGACAUCGGCCAGCCCAGCCUGCUCAGCAGCACGGCGGCCCCGCGGGCCCACAGCCCUGUGCUGGCCCCGCGGCCACCGGCACCCGGCCCGCGGGGGUCCCCUCUGUCCCCUCCGCGAUGGCCCCCGCAGGAGAAGCCGAAGCCGCCCAGCAAACCUCUCCCGGCGCUGAAGGGCAAAGCGCCGAGCUACGGCGAGGGGCCGCCGGCACCGUCCCUCCCACCGACCCCCUUUCAGCGCUGUCCCCCGCCAAAGGUGGCCCUGAAGCCGCCCCCAGCCAGGAGGUGACCAAGGAUGCUCCAUCCGCCACCGCGGCCGGCCGAGGAGCGGCACAGCUGGGCGGGUGGCACAGCUGGGCGGGUGGCACAGCUGGGCGGGCGGCACAGCUGGGCGGGUGGCACAGCUGGGCGGGUGGCACAGCUGGGCG